CGCCGCCGCCGCUUCCUCCCCUGCAGCCGUUCGGCCGCUGCGUGACGCGUCGUUUCCUCCCAACAUGGCGGCCGGGGCAGGUCGGCGGUGAUGGAGGCCCGUCCACGGCCGCGGCGGGUGCUAGUCCCCACGGUAGCCAGGGCAGCCGUGCUCUCCUCGGGCUUCUGAGCCGCCGCCGCCUCGCCGCUCGGCUCCCGGCAGACGGCCGCCCAGGCUGUGCUCCCCCGCCGUCCCUGGGCCGGAGGGGCGAGUGCGGGGGGUGGCCGGGAAGCGACCCCUCCAGGGCCGGGAGAGCGGAGGUCAGCCGGGCGCGGCCCUCCAGGGGCGGCCUCCCCAGCGGCGGGGAAGGCCGCCGGCCCCGCGGCCGCUGCCGCCGGCUCGCCCCUCCGGAUCCUGCCGCUGCCCUCCGCGCCUCCUCCCCUCCGCUUCCUCCCCGCCUCCCCCUCCAGCCGCCGGGAGCCGCGGGUCGGACGGGCCGCCGCCGCCGCCUCUGCGUCCAUGUAUGAGGGGAAGAAGACGAAGAACAUGUUCCUGACCCGGGCCCUGGAGAAGAUCUUGGCCGACAAGGAAGUGAAGAAGGCGCAUCACUCCCAGCUGCGCAAAGCGUGCGAGGUGGCGUUAGAGGAAAUAAAAGCGGAAACUGAAAAACAGAGUCCUCCUCAUGGAGAAGCAAAAGGUGGAUCAAGCACCCUUCCACCAGUGAAAUCAAAGACAAAUUUUAUCGAAGCAGACAAGUACUUCUUACCCUUUGAAUUGGCGUGCCAGUCCAAAUGUCCCCGUAUAGUUAGUACGUCUCUUGACUGUUUACAGAAACUUAUUGCGUAUGGGCACUUGACUGGCAAUGCUCCUGAUAGUACAACACCAGGUAAAAAAUUAAUUGAUAGAAUUAUUGAAACCAUUUGUGGCUGCUUCCAAGGUCCUCAAACAGAUGAAGGAGUUCAGCUGCAAAUAAUAAAGGCUUUACUUACUGCAGUAACAUCACAGCACAUAGAAAUCCACGAAGGAACUGUACUGCAAGCUGUGAGAACAUGUUACAAUAUCUAUCUAGCAAGCAAAAAUCUCAUCAAUCAGACGACAGCCAAAGCUACUCUUACUCAGAUGCUAAAUGUUAUCUUUGCACGCAUGGAAAACCAAGCAUUGCAGGAAGCCAAACAAAUGGAAAAAGAAAGGCAUCGGCAGCAUCAUCAUCUGUUGCAGUCUCCAGUAAGCCAUCAUGAGCCUGAAUCACCUCAACUUAGAUAUUUGCAACCUCAAACUGUUGAUCAUAUGACCCAAGAACAAGAAGGGGACCUUGAUUCCCAUACAAAUGAUGUGGAUAAAAGCCUUCAGGAUGACACAGAACCCGAAAAUGGAUCUGAUAUUUCCAGUGCAGAAAAUGAACAGACUGAAGCUGAUCAGGCAACUGCAGCUGAAACAUUAUCUAAAAAUGACAUAUUAUAUGAUGGAGAAAACCAUGACUGUGAGGAAAAGCCACAAGACAUCGUACAGAGCAUUGUAGAAGAAAUGGUGAACAUCGUUGUUGGAGAUAUGGGAGAAAGGAUGACUAUAAAUGCGAGUGCAGAUGGCAACAUUGGAGCUAUAGAGGAUGGCAGCGACAGUGAAAAUAUUCAAGCAAAUGGAAUUCCAGGAACACCGAUUUCUGUUGCAUAUACACCAUCUUUACCUGAUGACAGAUUGUCUGUCUCUUCCAAUGAUACUCAGGAAUCUGGAAAUUCUUCAGGACCUUCACCUGGUGCUAAGUUUUCCCACAUUUUACAAAAGGAUGCCUUUCUAGUAUUCAGGUCAUUGUGUAAACUGUCCAUGAAACCACUGUCAGAUGGGCCACCAGAUCCAAAGUCUCAUGAGUUACGAUCCAAGAUUCUUUCAUUGCAGUUACUUCUAUCCAUUCUGCAGAAUGCAGGACCUGUUUUCAGGACAAAUGAGAUGUUUAUUAAUGCUAUUAAGCAGUAUCUGUGUGUUGCACUCUCAAAAAAUGGAGUCUCAUCUGUUCCAGAGGUUUUUGAGCUUUCUCUUUCCAUAUUUCUUACUUUGUUGUCAAACUUCAAGACGCAUCUGAAGAUGCAAAUUGAGGUGUUCUUUAAAGAAAUUUUCCUAUACAUUUUGGAAACUUCUACCAGCUCAUUUGACCACAAAUGGAUGGUUAUUCAGACAUUGACAAGGAUCUGUGCAGAUGCUCAGAGUGUAGUGGAUAUUUAUGUAAACUAUGACUGUGACUUAAACGCAGCGAAUAUAUUUGAAAGACUAGUAAAUGAUCUAUCAAAAAUUGCUCAAGGACGGGGCAGUCAAGAACUUGGUAUGAGUAAUGUUCAGGAACUGAGCCUGAGGAAAAAAGGCUUAGAAUGCUUAGUAUCAAUUUUGAAGUGUAUGGUUGAAUGGAGUAAGGAUCAGUAUGUGAAUCCCAACUCUCAGACAACUCUUGGUCAGGAAAAACCCUUAGAACAAGAGACGAAUGAAAUCAAACACCCUGAGACAAUAAACAGAUAUGGAAGUUUAAAUUCCCUGGAGUCAACGUCAUCAUCAGGAAUAGGCAGUUACAGUACACAGAUGUCUGGCACUGAUAAUCCAGAACAAUUUGAAGUCCUAAAGCAACAAAAAGAAAUAAUAGAACAAGGAAUAGAUUUAUUUAAUAAGAAACCAAAGAGAGGAAUACAGUACCUCCAAGAACAAGGGAUGCUUGGCACUACACCUGAAGAUAUAGCCCAGUUCUUACAUCAAGAGGAAAGAUUAGACUCUACUCAAGUGGGUGAGUUCUUGGGAGAUAAUGAUAAAUUUAACAAAGAAGUCAUGUACGCAUAUGUGGACCAGCACGACUUUUCAGGAAAGGACUUUGUUUCCGCCCUUCGUAUGUUUCUGGAAGGAUUCCGUCUUCCAGGGGAAGCUCAGAAAAUUGAUCGAUUGAUGGAAAAAUUUGCUGCAAGAUACCUAGAAUGCAACCAAGGACAAACCCUUUUUGCUAGUGCAGAUACUGCUUAUGUUUUGGCUUACUCAAUUAUCAUGUUGACCACAGACCUUCACAGUCCACAGGUUAAAAAUAAAAUGACAAAGGAACAAUACAUUAAGAUGAAUAGAGGUAUCAAUGACAGUAAAGACCUUCCUGAAGAGUAUCUGUCAGCCAUCUAUAAUGAAAUAGCUGGAAAAAAGAUAUCAAUGAAAGAAACAAAAGAACUAACAAUUCCUACAAAAUCAAGUAAACAAAAUGUAGCCAGUGAAAAACAAAGAAGGCUUCUGUAUAAUUUAGAAAUGGAACAGAUGGCCAAGACAGCAAAAGCACUCAUGGAAGCUGUGAGCCAUGUUCAGGCACCUUUUACAAGUGCAACACAUUUGGAGCAUGUGAGGCCUAUGUUUAAGUUGGCUUGGACACCUUUUCUGGCUGCGUUUAGUGUGGGUCUGCAAGAUUGUGAUGAUACUGAAGUAGCCUCUCUUUGCCUGGAAGGUAUAAGAUGUGCAAUCAGAAUUGCAUGUAUUUUCAGCAUUCAGCUGGAAAGAGAUGCAUAUGUCCAGGCACUAGCAAGAUUUACCUUACUUACAGUGAGUUCUGGUAUUACUGAAAUGAAACAGAAGAACAUUGACACAAUAAAAACGCUUAUCACGGUGGCUCAUACAGAUGGAAAUUAUUUAGGAAAUUCAUGGCAUGAGAUUCUGAAGUGCAUCAGUCAGUUGGAGCUUGCACAACUUAUAGGAACUGGAGUGAAACCUCGAUACAUUUCUGGAACAGUACGGGGCAGAGAAGGAUCUCUUACUGGAACAAAAGAUCAAGCUCCUGAUGAAUUUGUGGGUCUUGGGCUAGUUGGAGGAAAUGUGGACUGGAAGCAGAUAGCAAGUAUUCAGGAAUCCAUUGGAGAAACCAGUUCUCAAAGUGUUGUUGUUGCUGUAGAUAGAAUAUUUACAGGGUCUACAAGGCUAGAUGGAAAUGCUAUUGUGGAUUUUGUCCGUUGGCUCUGUGCUGUUUCUAUGGAUGAAUUACUUUCCACGACUCAUCCAAGAAUGUUUAGUCUACAAAAAAUAGUAGAAAUAUCAUAUUACAACAUGGGAAGAAUAAGACUACAGUGGUCUCGAAUUUGGGAAGUUAUUGGUGAUCAUUUUAAUAAGGUUGGCUGUAAUCCUAAUGAAGAUGUAGCUAUUUUUGCAGUAGACUCCUUGAGGCAAUUGUCAAUGAAGUUCUUAGAGAAAGGGGAGCUUGCUAAUUUCAGAUUCCAGAAGGAUUUCUUAAGACCUUUUGAACAUAUAAUGAAACGGAACAGGUCUCCAACAAUUCGAGAUAUGGUUGUACGGUGUAUAGCACAGAUGGUUAAUUCUCAAGCUGCUAACAUUCGGUCUGGAUGGAAGAACAUUUUCUCUGUAUUUCAUCUAGCUGCGUCUGAUCAAGAUGAAAGCAUAGUGGAACUUGCAUUCCAAACAACAGGGCACAUUGUCACUCUUGUGUUUGAAAAACACUUUCCAGCGACUAUUGAUUCUUUCCAGGAUGCAGUGAAGUGUUUGUCAGAAUUUGCGUGCAAUGCAGCUUUCCCAGACACAAGUAUGGAAGCAAUUCGACUUAUUCGCCAUUGUGCAAAAUAUGUGUCUGAUAGACCUCAGGCUUUCAAGGAAUACACAAGCGAUGAUAUGAAUGUCGCACCUGAAGACAGGGUGUGGGUGAGAGGAUGGUUCCCAAUUCUCUUUGAGUUAUCCUGUAUCAUCAAUAGAUGCAAAUUAGAUGUAAGAACCAGGGGUUUAACAGUAAUGUUCGAAAUAAUGAAAACUUAUGGCCACACUUAUGAAAAACACUGGUGGCAGGAUUUAUUUAGAAUUGUUUUCAGAAUCUUUGACAACAUGAAAUUACCAGAACAGCAGACCGAGAAAGCUGAAUGGAUGACCACGACUUGUAAUCAUGCACUUUAUGCGAUUUGUGAUGUAUUCACCCAGUAUUUAGAAGUACUCAGUGAUGUACUUUUGGAUGAUAUUUUUGCCCAGCUGUACUGGUGUGUGCAGCAAGACAACGAGCAGUUAGCACGAUCUGGUACAAACUGCUUAGAGAAUGUUGUUAUUCUGAAUGGUGAGAAAUUUACCCUAGAAAUCUGGGAUAAAACUUGUAACUGCACACUGGAUAUCUUCAAAACCACAAUCCCACAUGCGCUCUUGACCUGGCGUCCCUCUUCUGGAGAAACCGUUCCCCCACCUCCAUCUCCUGUAAGUGAAAAACAGCUGGAUACGAUAUCACAGAAAUCUGUAGAUAUUCACGAUUCUAUUCAACCAAGAUCUGCCGAUAAUAGACAGCAAGCACCAUUGGCUUCUGUCUCUGCUGUGAACGAAGAAGUCAGCAAAAUUAAACACACAGCAAAAUUUCCAGAACAAAAAUUGUUUGCUGCCCUGUUGAUUAAAUGUGUUGUGCAGCUGGAACUCAUCCAGACUAUCGACAACAUUGUGUUCUUCCCGGCCACAAGUAAGAAGGAAGACGCCGAAAACCUAGCUGCAGCCCAGAGAGAUGCCGUGGACUUUGAUGUUCGAGUUGAUACUCAAGACCAAGGAAUGUACCGCUUUUUAACAUCACAACAACUUUUUAAGCUACUGGACUGCUUAUUAGAGUCGCAUAGAUUUGCAAAAGCAUUUAAUUCCAACAACGAACAGAGGACUGCUCUGUGGAAAGCAGGUUUCAAAGGCAAAUCCAAACCUAACCUCCUGAAGCAGGAGACGAGCAGCCUGGCCUGUGGGCUGCGCAUUCUCUUCCGCAUGUACAUGGACGAGAGCCGGGUCAGUGCCUGGGAGGAGGUCCAGCAAAGGCUUCUAACUGUCUGCAGCGAAGCCCUAAGUUACUUCCUGACUCUCACGUCAGAAAGUCACCGGGAAGCCUGGACUAACUUACUGCUUCUGUUUCUAACUAAGGUUCUAAAGAUAAGUGACACCAGGUUUAAAGCUCACGCAUCAUCCUACUAUCCUCUCUUAUGUGAAAUUAUGCAGUUUGACUUGAUUCCUGAACUUCGUGCUGUUCUUAGAAGAUUUUUUCUGCGAAUUGGAGUAGUUUUUCAGAUAUCACAGCCACCUGAACAGGAACUUGGAAUGAACACGCAAUGAUGGCAACUUGGUAUUUUUCUGUUGGCGUUUACAUCCCUCUGCUCUUUUAAAAGGACCCAGGAGCUGAGGUUUCCUACCUGAAAAAUGGUUUCUCUGAAUUGCGGUGUCUGAGGGUUACUGGCAAAGAUGCUCAGAACUGUCACUCAAACUUGCAACGCUCCAGUCCCUAUUUCGUUAUCUGGUGGGUUCUGUUUGUCAUGUUGGGCUCAUGCUGAGCAGAAAGCCUCUUUCCACAGUGUCCGCGUGUGUCCAUGUGCCCUUCCCUGUCCUUGGGGGCAGGGAGAGCCCCACAUAUUUCUGGCAGGUGUGGAAGUAAAACUUUACCCAAAGAACUUUAGAUGUAAAGAUUUGAACUUCUGCAAGAAGUACAACUCAGGAGAGCUGUAUUUUGAAGGAUAAAAUGUUUAUAAUUGGGGGUAGGGGGGGAGAAGAAAUUAUUGUUCAUGGUAAAAGAUAUUUAGCAACUAUGGUAUUCUUAUUCUGAAGAUUUUUGCACACUCAGGCUGUCUGAGAUACUGGUAAUCAUCCUCCUGUGAAAAAUGUACAGAGAUGCAGGUCUGUAAUAUAAAGAUCUUAAACAUUAUAUAGUUCUUCCUGCACUGUUUUAAUUUCUUUAUUUUCUUAUUCAUUUGCUAAAUACCUAUAAUAUUUUGUCAAAUGCACUAAACAUUUGGGUUGAACUCUUUUUUUUUUUUUUUUUAUUUUGUGGGGAUUUUGGUUUUGCCCUUUGGGGGGCGGGUCAUUUUGAAGGUUUGACAUGCCCAGAAGCUGUUGUGGCCGACACUUGUCAUGAUCAACAACAACAACAAAAGGUAGAAAAUACACCUACUGACCUGACUACCUGUAAUAUACUUCUCUUAGGGCCUCUAAAAGAUGAGCCGUUAACAUAGUUGAUCCUUCAUGGAUUGAAACUUGAAUCACUGCAAAAUGAAUCUAGGUUGCUGUCACUUUCUUUUUUCUUUUGGGUGGCGGGGCUUGAUGUAGAUUUUACUCUAUGUACAGAAUUUAAUGUUGAAUAUGUUGAAAUAACAGAUUUGGCAUGGUUUGGGGAAGUUAGAUUUACUGGAAAUGUAUUCAUACUGUGAAUUGUGCUCUGAUGGUUUAAAAAAAAAAAAAAAACAAGAUUGUCAAGCAUUCCGUAUUAACAGUGGAUGUAGAAAAUUUUUUCAGAUGGAUAAAAUGUAUAUGGUACAGAUGUAAAGUUUUCUAUGUAAAAAAUUCUGUACAACUUUCUGUACAAUAUUGAUUCUCAUCUGGCAUAUUCUAAUCAGGUUAUAGGUCAAUAAAGUUUUUGGAUUAUUUCA